GUCGUUUUUUCUCAGUGAGUUGACUUUGCCGGCCUUUUUCUGAAGGUCGCGCAUGAGGCUUAGGCGCUCUGCGCUGUCGUAGAUUCUCUGCAUCUGAAUGGUUUCUUAGCAUCUCUCGUGCGACUCAACGCUUGUCGAUCCCUUAACAUCUUUAUCGGCAUUUUUUGUCUCUCUUUUCUCAUCUCCUGCUCUCGCUUUCUGCUUCGUCUCCCGACGGACACCGUCCUUUCUCCACAUGCUUCGAGUUCUUUUCUCUCACUCAGGGCACUUCUUUCCCUCCUCUUUCCUGCCGGCCUUCUUGUUACCUGCGAAGUUUUUUCUUACUCGUCUUUUUUUUCUGUGUCGUUUCCCCGGUCCUCUCUCUCCUCCUCUGAAAAAAUGAUGGAAGACUUCAGUGCCGUCGCUCGUGCAGGGGAGACAAAUCAGGCUCUUUCAACUGAGCCGCUUCAGUCUAUUCCUGCUCCUUCUUCUUCUCCUCUCCCUUCUUCUUCUCUCCUUUCUGCUGCUUCUCCUCUCCCUUCUGCUGCUUCUCUCACUUCUUCUUCUCCUCUCCCUUCUUCGUCUCCUCUCCCUUCUGCUGCUUCUCCUCUCUCUUCGUCUCCUCUCCCUUCUUCUCCUCCUCUCCCUUCUUCGUCUCUCCCGUCUUCUUCUCCUCUCCCUCCUUCUUCUUCUCCCCCUUCAUCUGCUCAGUCAGGUGGACCGUCGCUGUCCGGUGCGGCGCCUCUCGACGGUCAGGGGGGACCUGUAUCUUCGCUGCAGUCGGGAGAUGCAGAGCGAAAAAAGGCUGAAGGAGCAGAACUUGCCAAGGAAGUGCAUCCAGGAGUUUCAAAGGUCAUGGCGCGUCUGCAGUGGGAGAGCGAGCUCCAGUGUCUCCACCGUCAACGCUUUCUCCGAAGGGUCCUUGAGGACCAUGAGAAGCGGCUGGGCCAGGUGGAUUUGGAUGAAUUGGAACUUUUCUCCGCUCUCUACUUCAACGUGAAGUUCCUCCAGUGCACCUACGACCGGCACCUCCUGGAGCGUCUUCGCUCAUACGAGCCUGACCUCGGCAUUUCACACUCAAACCAGGACGAAAAUAAGGAAGAGAUGGUUGUCAGCUAAAGGGGAAGGGCGCAGAGAGGAAGGACGUGGAGACAGUCGAUUCUCCUAAAGGAAGCAAGUUCACAUCAGGUGCCUGUGGAAGAACAGACAGUGCGUGAUGCGGGGUAGAACAGGAGAUAGUGUGCGUGAAAAGAAGACAAUUCCGGCGGACCAGAAGAAGAAAGGUGGAAGCAGUGAGAAGGAAGAGAGGGAAUCGCGGUCGGAAAAGGAAGAAAGAAGAGAAGAAGAAACGAGAAAGGACACGGGAGGUCAGAACGACACCCAAGAUGUUGAUUCCAAUGAUUUCUGGUAGAUUCACGUCGUUUAGCUCUCUUCACUGACAUGGUGCUCUCGGCGUGUUCAGCAUGGGAACAGAGCGUAUCUGCUUGGUUUCUCUCAGGAGGAACGCGUGUAGCUUUGUGUGUGUUCCUUCACUUUUCUUAGCUUCUGUCGAGCAACUGCAUUCCGCGAUCGGGGCAUAUCACACGUAGAUGGUGGAUGAUGAUUUCGAAAGUGUAGCAGAACUCUUGUCUUUCGCUUCAGUCAGACCGCAGCGAAUCCGUCGACAGGUGUGGAUGGGCACAAAGCCUCUCACACGCAGAGGUCCGAAAUGUGAAUGGAGACUCAAGCGUGAGUGAACGUAUGCACCUGUGGGUCUAUCCUGCUUGAAUGCGGCCCUGCACAUAGGUAAAGUCACAGACUUUUGCUGCUCUAAUUUGACAGUGAGACAGCAAGAGGGAUUUUCCUCGACAGAGCCGUUAAUCACCGCCCCACCCCCACAAAGUCGCUCAACAACGGAAGGAAUGGAGAGUCCGUGUGGUCGGUUUCAACUGAACAUGCUCGAGGAAAGUGGGGAAGGGUCACAAGAGCAAACAAUUCGUGGAGGGAAGCCUCGAUAUCAGGCAACACUUCCGGAGCACGUACCAGGUUGGGGCGGCUGUCGAAAGCUGCUCACCAUGACACAAAGCUGCUGCAGCAGACGACUUAGCAAACGCAAGAUACACCUGCAUGUGCAACCAUAGAAAUACGUUUUCGUUCAUGUGCAAACGACGGGGGGCCGUUCAAGGUACACGUCCCCCACCAGCUCUAGCGAUGGCGCGGCACAGGUGCUUACAUAUUCGUUUACACAAAUUUGCAUGCACAAGUAUGUAUACAUGUAUAUAUGUAUAUAUAUGCAUCGCUUGCCCUGUACACAUAUCGAUGUGGCAAGAACGAUGUGCGCCCAAAAAUUCUUUCAGAACAGCAACAGAGCGUCGGCCGGUGGCACCGUAGAGGACCAGAUGCUCUGGUGUGCUGAGACGAUCUAGAUCUACUCAACAAAAAGGGGGUUUUUCUUUCGUUUGUAGACGGGCGUGAGCGUCGAAAAUAUGCGGAAAUGCAUCGAAGUUCGUCUAUGCAUUGGUGGAGUUUCAGAUAAUUCGUGUGAAACUGUCGUCUCUGGGCGAACCUCGAACGGUGUCUCCCGUAUGCUUUUUAGUGUACACACUCUUCUUGUGUCUGUGUAGAGCCUGCACCCUUCAGAGAGUCGGUCGAGUUUCAAAAGGGAAGGAGAGACACGAAAAACGCCCUACCGUUU